CCGAACCUCUCCCUUGGUUUAUAUCAGUUAUGAAAAGGUUAUAUUAUAAUAUUCAUUUUGUUGAGCACCUCUGUCUUACAAGGCUUGGUACAGUAUAUGAUAUGUGUAUAUUUCCUGUCAGGAACAACAGAAUGCAUGUGGAAAAUGCUGUGAGAACUCUUCUAAGCUGCAUUAGAAGGCAUCAAAACCCACAACCAAGCGGGAAUCCAGACCUUCCUAGCAGUUCUCCAGGCGGAAGUCGGCCCAUGGAAACACAAGCUUGGACUAGUCCCUUUGGGGUCAGUCACCCUGUUAGACAAAAUACUGUUCAGCAGGAGAUGCAAAGGUCUUUUCCAGCUAUAUUUGGGGGCCGGGCACGCCUUAAAAGAAAGGCACCUGAACCUCCAGAGCAACAUGUUCAAAGUUCUUAGAACUCCAGUUUUGCCUGCAACCAGAAAACUCAACCAGACUCCAAAAGAUGAAACUGCGCUCUUGCAAGCGGGUUUAGGACGGAGAACUGUAAUCUUGCAGAUGAUGCUGAUCACACAGAGUGUUCCUCGCUGCUUUCCAUGAGCAUCCUGAUUGGUUUGCAGUUUAGAUAACCAGAGUACUACUUGAGGAAUACACUAAAUUGCGACACUUGCGGGGCGGUUGGCUUCUUCAAAAAGCCACAGGAGGCAGUGGACAGAGGAAGACAACCCCACUGCCCCAGGGCUCCCAGGGCUACACAGCAAAAAUACUGAAGUCCUAUUCAAACAAUGGAAAGAUCAUCAUCUAUAUUGUCCCCCUUCAAGAAAAGAUAGACACAUCCCCCUUGCCAUAUGAUGCACCAGAAUUUCAGAAAAUGCCAAAAAUGACUGCAUGAGCUGUGGCACAUCAGUUCCUCUUCAGUUGCUGCCUUUCCACAUUGCAUCCUGUCAGUGUGAUGAUGAUAAUUUUGAACCUGUGGCAGAAGAGGAGAAAGGCGAGGAACCAAAUGUUAUUUGUAUGGAUUCCUGCCCAAUAUGGAGAGCAGUUACUGCUGAGGGGGAUGCCCCUCCAUGCAAGUUCAUCUGGGGAAAGCUUUCCACUGAUGAAUUCCACAGUGGCGGAUGGCUGCACUUCAGAUGAAAGCACUUCGGUACCAGAGGUUUACACAAGCAGUGCCACUGAGAGAAGCAUUGCUAGCCCAUUGGCUUCUGGAUUCGUACCUGGCACAUCACAAACCAUACCAUCAGGGGCAGUACCUGCAAUAGCUGACGCGUGGAAGAGAGUUGAAGAUCCAGAAAAGGCAGCGCCACUAUACAGAACAUAUUUGCUACGGCAAAAAGAAGAUGAGCGAACACUGAAAGUGAGCAUUGACAUGAGAGAGGACAUUGAGGGUCAAGAGGGAAGACUGAUCAGUUUUUACAAGGUCCAAAAAGUAGAUUGGGCCAGACCACUCCAUUGCAGAUUGGAAGGUGAUGUAGCCACUGGAGACGGCGUUAAGCGCCAUUUCUUCAGCCUGGUUAUGCACAAGUUGCAGAAAGGAUUCUCCAUGGAUUUUGGAAAUAGGACGGGCACUUUGCUUUUUGAGGGCCAAGAUGACCAUCUCAUCCCUUCAACCUCCCAAGUGCUUGUCCAGAGUGACUUGUUCAAGAUGGCAGGGAGAAUGAUAGGCCACUCCUUUCUCCAUGGUGGUCCUCCCCUGACAGGUGUCAGCCCAGCAAUCCUACAUGUAUUGCUUGGUGGCUCCCCUGAGACUGCGACCAUCUCUCUGGAAGAUGUGGCAGACAUUGACAUACAGGAGACAAUACAGCUGCUUACUGUAGCUGAUUACUCCAGGAAGAAAGCAGAUGAUGAGAAGACAAAUGACAAUGAGCUGACAGAGCAUCAGAGGGUAGCUGUUGACAAUUUGGCAUUAUCUUGGGACCUUCCUGUAUUGACAACAAUCAACCACGACUGGCUUUUACCAAGUCUUCUUCAGCAUUCGGUGCUCGGGCGAACCUCGCAACAAAUAAAACAGCUGAGACAGGGACUGCAAGAGUCAAUGCUAUGGCCACUUUUGGAGGCCAGGCCAGAUGUCGUAACAGUGGUUUUCCCAUGUCAAGCAAUGGCUGGAUGCAAUUCUCAGAUGGUUCUAAACAGCAUCAUCUGGCCUGGAGAAGGGGGGGAGGAGGAUGACAAUGGAUGCCCUGUUGCCAUCAGAUGCAAAAUUGCUGGCUACCUACGGCAGUUUGUGGAGACAGUGCCUGAAGACAAACUGAAGCAGUUGGUGAAAUUCUGGGUUGGCUGGGAGCUGCCCAUGCAGGACAUGCAAGUGGAGGUCGUGCAGGCAGACCAUCCAACAUCAUCCACCUGCUUCCACAUCCUGCGCUUGCCUGGUCACUAUGCCAGUUAUGAACAUUUCCAUGAUCAUUUGGAAGGUUGCAUUGCAACUAGUGAUUGUGGGUUUGGAUUAAUAUGAAGUCUCUGAAACCUCGUAUGGUGGGGAGCUCUGCUGCAUACCAUUGUUAGGCUGCACUACAAUAACUGAAGUUCAGUCAGUUAAAAUAUGCUCUUUGUGUGAUGAGUAGAGUUUGGCAGUGUUCACCUUUUUAUGAUAUUAUAUAGACCAAACUCAUUAAGAAAAGACUAAAGAGAUUGUUGAUAGUAUUGUGAUAGUUCUUGUUUACUCAUAUUCACAAACUUAAGCACAUACACUAUUUUUUUUUUUACACAAACUCGACUAUCCGUCUUACUUACAGGUUGUGACAUAAAAGGCACAGCAUUAUCAAAGUUCAGCAAGUUAAGGCCAGCCUGUUUUGUUUGAUGAGUAGAGCUCCAUUGAUUAAUCGAUAAGGUGUUUUGAUAAUCGGUUUGUUACUUUUCAAUAAAAGUCAAAUAUUUUCCUAAA